UCAAGAACAAGGGCGAAAAUUUUCACAUACUGGCCUGCACUCAUUUCUAUAUAUACAAACUCACAGUGGAGGAGAGAAAAUAGAAAAGAAAAAAGUGGUGGAACAGGGCGUCAAACAAGGAGGGAACACUGGUCCGCACCCAUUUGUAUACGCACAGAGAGUUUUCUUCCUCAACGGGGCGUCAAAAAGUAGUUGAUCGGAGCGUCAAAAAGAGGCACCUAGAAAUGACAGAAAAGGAGGAAGAGGCGUCAAACAGACCUGUGGUGCUAGUGACGGGGUGCGGCAAGGGCGGCAUCGGCUUCGAGUACUGCAAACACUUUGCACAGAUGGGCUGCGACGUGUAUGCUUCUGACGUAGGGUCCGUCGAAAACAUGCAAGAAUUGACGGCGCAAAAUGCAAGAAUCAAGACGCUUUGCAUGGACGUGACGUCGGACGAGAGCGUGGCGGCGGGGGUGGAGGAAGUGGUUCGAGAGGCGGGUAGAAUUGAUGUGGUGGUGAACAACGCUGGGGUGGGAGCCACGGGUCCCUUGGCGGAGCUCCCCCUUGCAGAGGUGCAGCGGGCAUGGGAAAUAAAUUGCCUGGGCCACCUCCGUGUGGUCCAGACAGUUGUCCCUCACAUGGUCCGGCGUGGGCAUGGCACCAUUGUUAAUGUGGGUAGCGUUGUCGGUGCCGUGUCCACGCCUUGGGCCGGUGCUUAUUGCGCCUCUAAGGCAGCGCUACAUGCGGCCUCUGAGGCGCUUAGAUUGGAGCUCCGGCCCUUUGGAAUUCGGGUCGUUCUUGUUAUGCCUGGUGCUAUUAGGUCGAAUUUUGGGGAGGCGAAUUUGCAGCGGUUGAGAGAGCGUAAAUGGGGUUUGUAUGCACCAUUUAAAGAAGCCAUUUUGGGGCGGGCCGUGGCUUCGCAGGGAGCCAAUUCUACUUGCCCAUCUGCUUUUGCAAGUCAUAUUGUGGCUAAGGUUUUGAUGCCUCGACCGCCUAGACGGAUCGUUUUUGGUCGCAUGGCGGGGCUUCUUGGCAUACUCUCCGUGGCGCCGCUUUGGUUGCGUGAUUUGUAUUUUUCUAGACGAUUUGGCCUUUGAAUUGCGCUCUUUUUUAGGGGGGGUUGAAAGCGUAAUCCUUUUGAG